AUGGUUGAUCGAAACGAAUGGCCAACGAGAUCGGAAGCGACGUAUGACAAGGCUUUGUCACAGAGUCAUCAAGUCCAUCCAAACUCUUUGGAUCUCCCACUCCGGAUCCCGGAGCCGUUUUUUGGACACCGCAUCCCGUCUGGACAAAGAUGCCACGUGGUAUAUAGAAACACGUGUAUAAUCGUGUACACGGCACUUCGCUGCAAGUCGGAUCCGAAGUCCUCUUUCUUCCCCUUCUUCCUCCCCUUCUUCCUUCCCUUCUUCCUCCCUUACGAUUCCCCCCCCCCCCCAUCUCCACCGCAUACCUCCACACCACACCGCUCCCCCGAUCUUCCCACCGCUCCCCCACGCCUCUCCAUGGCAUUCUUUUCGCCCCCCGUACUACCCCUGCGGCCCAGCCGCCGCCGCUCCCCCAACCGCUGCACUCCCCGCGCCUCCACCGUCACCGUCCUGGACUACGGCGCCGGCAACGUCCGCUCGCUCGAGAACGCCGUCCGCCUCCUCGGCCACGACAUCCACUGGGCGACAACCCCUGCCGACAUCGCGAACGCCUCCAAGCUAAUCUUCCCGGGCGUCGGUUCCUUCGGCGCCGCGAUGCGCAACCUUGAGUCGCGCGGCUUCGUCGACCCUCUGCGCCGCUACCUCGACGCGGACCGCCCGUUCCUCGGCAUCUGCCUCGGCCUGCAUACGCUCUUCGAGGCCUCGGAGGAGUCGCCGGGCGUCCCGGGCCUCGCCUGGCUCCCGGGCACCGUGCGCCGCUUCAAGGGAGGCGACGGCUUAGCCGUGCCGCACAUCGGCUGGAACGUCGCCCAGCCCACAAGGGCAUCCCCGCUGCUGGGCGAGGACGAGCUGCAGAGAUACUACUUUGUACACUCGUUCUGCGCCGGCCAGGACGUCGCCGCGCGCAAUCCGGACGCCGUGCUGGCCACUACCACGCACGGAGAGGAGUACAUCUCCAUCUUGCAGCGCGGCAGUGUCUGCGCGACGCAGUUCCAUCCGGAGAAGUCUGGCGCCGCUGGGAUCAAGUUGAUACAGAAUUUUUUGGAGCGGGAUGUCAGCGUGCAAGUGGGUUGGCCCGUGCCGAAGGGGGCGGGGGGGCUCGCGAAGAGGGUGGUCGCCUGUCUGGAUGUGCGGGAAAACGACCAGGGGGACUUGGUUGUAACGAAGGGCGAUCAGUACGACGUGAGAGAGGAGGAUGGGGGGGAGGUGAGGAACCUGGGGAAGCCGGUCGAGCUGGCAAAGAGGUACUUUAAGGAGGGGGCGGAUGAGGUGUGCUUUUUGAACAUUACGUCGUUCAGGGGCGAGCCGGUGGGCGAGACGGCGAUGAUCGAGGUGCUGGAGCGGACGUCGCGCGAGGUGUUUGUGCCGUUGUGCAUUGGCGGGGGGAUUCGGGACUAUGUGGACAAGGACGGGCGCAAGUACUCGGCGCUCGACGUGGCGGCGAUGUACUUCCGGGCCGGGGCCGACAAGGUGAGCCUGGGGAGCGACGCGGUGUACGCGGCGGAGAAGCUGCUGGCGAGCGGGAGCGAGACGGGGGAUGGGGCGUCGUCCAUCGAGCGGAUCUCAGAGGUGUACGGGGCGCAGGCGGUGGUGAUUUCCGUGGACCCGCGCAAGGUGUUUGUCGACAAGGCGGCGGACACAGCACACGCGACGGUGACGCUGGACGACGGGCGCGUGUGCUGGUACCAGUGCACGGUGAAAGGCGGGCGCGAAGGGCGCGACCUGGACGUGGUGCAGCUGGUGACGGCGGCCGAGCGGCUCGGGGCCGGCGAGGUGUUGCUCAACUCCAUGGACGAGGACGGGCAGAAGGCCGGGUACGACUUGCAGCUCGUGCGCUUGGUCAAGGAGGCCGUGUCGAUACCCGUCAUCGCGUCGUCUGGGGCGGGGCGCGCGGAGCACUUUACCGAGUGCUUUGACGAGACUGAUGUGCAGGCCGCGCUCGCGGCAGGCAUCUUUCACAGGGGCGAGGUGAGCAUUGGAGAGGUCAAGCAGCACAUGAGAGGGCAUGGCACACCGGUCAGGAUUGCCGGCGGCUUGGAAGAAGUGCAGGUCGUAGGCGUCGGUAGUUAGCAGAGAGUGAGGUAGCGUCAAGGUUUUGUAGUUUGUACUUUACCGUAUACCUUGGAAUGGCAGGCAUCUCAUGGCAUCUCGCUUACCUUUACGCAGUCCUGACCCCAGUCCUGACCCUAGUCUUGACCCCAGGCUCGCCGAUGCUCGAGAUUGGGUCCAUACACGAGUACACGUGUACAUGGUAAACCUAAUCUAAUCCCA